GUCAGUUUGAAUCAUAAGUUGGUUGAAUACGCUGAGGACACUAAAGGAGAUGAAAUUUACACAGUCUAUGUCAUUGAUGCAGAGACUCGAGCACCAGUUGGGAAGCCAUUAGUUUGUACAACGUCAUAACUUCGAUGGGCUGGUUAUGAAGUUUUAGUUUACAUUACAAUGGAUGAGAUCCUUCGGCCAGAUAAGGUUUUGGGAGGUUUUGAUGCAUCUAAUUAUGUCACUAAAAGGAAAUGGGCUAAUGCUUCUGAUGGCACUCAGAUUCCUAUAUCAAUUGUGUGCCAGAAGAAUCUUGUCAAGCUUGAUGGAUCUUAUCCAAUGUUGCUUUACGGUUAUGGUUCAUAUGAGAUGUGUAUAUAUCCUGACUUUAAGGCAUCAAGGCUGUCUUUGUUUGAUCAUGCGUUUAUCUUUGCAAUAGCUCAGAUUCGUGGAGGUGGUGAAAUGGGGAAGCAGUGGUAUUGGAAUGGGAAAUUUUAUGAAAAAAAAAAUACUUUCACAGAUUUUAUUGCUUGUGCCGAGUUUUUAAUUGAACAGAAGCACUGUUCAAAGGAAAAUUUGUGCAAUGAGGGAAGAAGUGCUGGUGGAUUGCUUAUUGGUGCUGUUCUUAACAUGAGGCCUGAUUUGUUCAGGGCUGCUGUUGCUGGAGUUCCUUUUAUAGAUGUCCUGACUACAAUGCUUGACCCUACUAUUCCUCUUACAACUACAAAGUGGGAGGUGUUAUCUUUCUCCUUAAAGAUUUCGAUUUUCAUUUUUUUGACCAUUGAAACAAUCUGGUAAAUGCUGUUGGUAUAUUAGUAUUGAAUUGCAUUCUGUUUUUGUCAAACACUCCAUGGGGAUUGAUUUUGAUGCUAAAAUCUAAUACCAUGAUUGUGGAGACUAGUUACUUAGUGAAUACUGUGAUGAGUUUUUCACACGUGUAAGUAAUCCUAGCAAUGUGGAAAUAUCUUCAAUAAAAGGUAUUAGAACUUCUGUGUCUAUGAUUGAAGGAAGUUCCAGGGAUUGAAGUUUUCAAUUGUUAACAAUGUUUUAGAGGUGGUUGCAAGAGCUUCUUUUUACAUCUUUAUCUAAGAACAAUUAGGCUAAUUGAAGGUACAAAGUUUUUUUUGGAGAAAAUCUAGGCACCUCUCAUAGUAAGCCACACAUACAAUGGCAAAACAACUUUUUCACCUUUUAAGGAUCUUGUCGAUUUUAAAUAUUGUGAAUCUUUUUAAGGACCCCGAAUGUGAUGCUUGCUUCAGUUCUUCCCUGC